CACUUCUCUUUUAUUACAUAACAGAGACAACUUAGAGCUUCCUUUUUCCAGCUUCGACUCAACGGCACUGCAACACCCAAAAACCCGCCGCCGAAAAGUCAAGAAAGAAGCCUAAACCUCAUGGCCAUCGCCGCCACCAUUUCCCUCUCUCUCCCGCUCCAAACCCGCCGUUUCUCCGUAGCCGGCGCCGCUCCUUUUCGAUCAACUCCUUCUCUUCAUUUCGACUGUCUCCUUUCCAACCUCUCUCUUAAAAACCCUAGCUUUCGAGUCUCCGCAUCUUCCAUGAGUAUCGGAACCCCCGACAAAAUCUCCACGACGUCAUUUCUUGACCGAAGAGAAAGUGGAUUCGUUCACUUCGUUAAAUACCACGGCCUCGGGAACGACUUCAUUUUGGUUGAUAAUCGAGAUUCGACGGAGCCGAGGAUUACGCCGGAGCAGGCGGUGAAGUUGUGCGAUAGGAACUUUGGUGUCGGAGCUGAUGGAGUGAUUUUUGCGAUGCCGGGAACCAACGGCACUGAUUAUACUAUGAGAAUCUUUAAUUCUGAUGGUAGCGAGCCUGAGAUGUGUGGUAAUGGGGUGCGGUGCUUUGCCAGAUUCAUUGCUGAGCUCGAGAAUUUACACGGGAAGCAAAGUUUUACUGUGUAUACUGGGGCUGGGUUAAUUGUUCCUGAAAUUCAAGAUGAUGGGAAGGUUAAAGUUGAUAUGGGCGAACCAAUUCUUAAAGCAUCAGAUGUUCCUACAAAAUUACGAGCAAAUAAAGAUCAAUCUGUUGUUAAAUCAGAUCUUAAUGUAGAUGGAGUGAUUUGGAAUGUGACUUGUGUUAGUAUGGGGAAUCCCCACUGUGUAACCUUUGGCACCAAAGGAAGCCAGAACUUGACAGUCGAUGAGCUAAAUUUAGCAGCAGUUGGUUCUAAAUUUGAGCAUCAUGAAAUGUUCCCAGCUAGGACUAACACAGAAUUUGUGGAAGUUUUCUCCCGUUCACACUUGAAAAUGCGCGUUUGGGAGCGUGGAGCAGGAGCAACACUGGCUUGUGGAACUGGAGCUUGCGCUGUGGUCGUUGCAGCUGUUCUAGAAGGACGUGCUGGGAGGAGUUGCACGGUCGAUUUGCCUGGAGGCCCGUUGGAGAUUGAAUGGAGGGAGGAAGACAAUCAUGUGUACAUGACAGGCCCAGCUGAAGUAGUGUUUUACGGAUCAGUGCCACUGUGAUGAGUCAUAAAAGAAGAGAACUCAUUGUUUAUUUUUGCUUGAAUUUUGUAGAAAUAUAAGAGAAAUGGUAUCAAGGGUUUGCUCAUAACAUGUUUCUGGCCUUUUUGUUUUGAACGACAACCAUCGUGGUAAUGUCAUUUCCUGCAUCCUACAUUUGAUUCAAAGUUCUAGCUUUUGCUUUUACUCUGAUCGAUGCCCAUGAUUAACAUUUUUUGGGUCAAAUAAUGAUUACUUUACUAGGUUUUGUACUAGUAA